UUGUUGGUCUGCUCAGGAGGACUAGACGUCCACGAGAUGAGCGGCAGGGCAAGAAUUGAAGCAUAAAUAGGGCUUUACCAGAUUUAGACCAACACUCCAUCCUGCCUUCGAUAUCUUGCUGUCCACGUACAGCACUUCACACAAUGGCAACAAGCAAUGAUAGUUAUUCUCUGCCAGUCCAGCCAGUCACAUCCUAUCCGCUCUCCAUUUUGGACCUCUUCUUCCCUGGCCUCAAUGGCAUCUCUGCUGCUGUCCGACAACUUCAAGCUGGCAGCUCGGACAGCUAUGCUGGUAUUCUUUGUAUCUGCGGGAUGCUCGUGUUCUUGGGCAAAUAUUUUUACAAGCAUGUGAGAGAGGUGGUGAUGACCUAUUUCACUUCAACCAUUCACGUCUCUGAUUCUAAUGAAGCACGCGACAUGCUUGUUACCUGGAUAUCCACUCGACCAUUUGCUCAUAAAGUAGGAUCCUCACUCGCUAGAGUGGGUUCUGGAAGAGGAGAGUUUGAAGACGAUGAUUCUGAAGGAGACAUGAAGAAAUCUCUUCACUAUUCACCUUGGAAUGGGAGUUUUUCCUUCUGGUACAAGAACCGCUUGCUCACGUUUCGGCGGAUGCAAAAAGAUUCCAGCCGCAGCUUCUUCCCAAAAGAAGAAAUUUCUGUCUCCUGCAUAGGGAGAUCUCCCAAAAUUCUGAGGGAGCUCUUCAGCGAAUGCCGAAUGGAAUACUUGAAGUUGAUCCAAAACAAAACCUCUAUCUUCGAGCAUGGGGACUGUGGCUGGGAAAAAACAGACACAAUAGACAUCAGACCGCUCGACACCGUCAUCAUUGAUGAGAAGAAGAAGACGGAGCUUUUAAAGGAUAUUAAGGACUUCCUGGACCCCCAAACACGAGCGUGGUAUUCUCAGCGCGGCAUUCCAUACCGAAAAGGAUACCUGUUGUAUGGACCACCUGGGACUGGGAAGUCCAGUUUGAGCUUAUCCAUCGCCGGAAGCUGUGGUUUAGAUAUCUAUACACUCAAUCUUUCCACGCUGAACGACAACUCACUGCGUAGGUUGUUCACUAAACUACCCGAACAGUGUGUCAUCCUUAUCGAAGAUAUCGACGCCGUCCAUGCAACCCAUUCUCGCCAGCACGAACCAGUGAAGGCAGACCAACACGAGAUAGGCUCUUUUACUGGGAAAAAUUCCCGAGGAGGUGUGUCUCUGUCGAGCCUUUUGAACGUUCUGGAUGGCGUCGGUUCGCAGGAAGGACGAGUCCUGAUUAUGUCCACGAACCAUGUGGAGCAUCUUGACGGCGCGCUCAUUCGAUCAGGGCGAGUGGACAUGCAGAUAGAGCUUGGUUUAACCAACCGAGACAUCAACACCCGACUGUUCCGCCACAUCUUUAUGCAUGACAACCCUUCACCUGGCGGGAAGCUGACAGAUGAGGCCGUGCUCAGGAAGCUGGCGGGCGAGUUUGCAAACAAGGUGCCGGAACAGGAAUUCAGCCCAGCUGAUAUCCAGCUUUUUCUGCGAAAAUAUAGGCAGUCGCCUCAUAUGGCAGUGGAAAAUGUGGAGGAGUGGGUAAUGAAGACCAAGGAUGGAAAGAGGCAAAUCAAGAGCCCAGAUUCCGGACAAUUAUACUGCGGCGUCGUUCCUCCACCUGAUAAGCCCGAACGUCGUUUCACUCUACCAGCCGCGUCUUCAAGCAGUCCGACUUAUGAUUUUUUGACUUUAUCGCAGCCUGCGACCAAGAGUGUCGCGCACCCUGAGUUAAAGAUUGCGGAAGCACAUUAUCCUGGAGAUACUGUCGUUCAGCGACGACGAUUCCUCGAGUGAAACAUCAUUCGACAGUAUGGUGGAACCGACAGCUACACCUCCGCCUAGUCUAAUCACAAUCAUUGAUGCAAGUAAAAAUGCAGUAACUUGCUGUCGAGGCACUCCCGGCACAUACUCUCAUGAGUGUUGUAGUGAUGUUUCAAGUGGGACAUAUUUUGACCUGCGAAGCGAGAUAUCUUCGGAGAUCAAAGUAGCAGCAGAGUCGAAGGUUAAGUUCACUCAGGGCAGCAACUUCUUGCACCAUUUGCCACUAGCCACAAAUAGGCAGGAUAUCCACUGUUAUUCUUGCCAGCUACCAACAUCGUUGCCGGCUGAAUUCGCACCGCAACAGCACUUGGAUGCCCUUAAGCCUGCAUCACCUCACG